AUGCCCGACGAAAAAUUCUCUUCACCCAUCAACAAAUUGCCACCAGAGCUAUUAUCAAAAAUCUUCAUCACAUUUGCCACUUCACUCACUGCGCACAACUAUCCAUUUCAAAGCUUUGCUCACUAUGCGAUAAAACUUUCGAGCGUGUGCACUGCUUGGAGACAGGCGGUCAACUCUACGCCAACACUCUGGACUUCAGUUGACUUUAUGCGGCAAGGACAAUCCCUGAGCGAACUACGGCAUAUACACCUUUGCCUUGAACGUUCCCGUAAUGCACCACUCCAUUUGCGCAUCGGGAGGAUGGACUUUGAGUGCCCACUUCCCGCCAUGAACGUAGAACUUUCUACUCUAAUUCACUCUAGCGCGCCCCGGCUAAGGUCUCUUGCCAUCGCAUUUUGGCGUUUUGGGUUAGCCAAAGAAAUACUUGGGACUUUGGAUGCUUUAGGUGCCUCUAACACACUACACGAGCUAGCCCUCUACGCAACGUCGGGUGACAAGCUACUUUAUGCAGACUCUGAUUUCCUCCCGCGAGAAUCUCUUGAUCGUAUACUUUCAUCAUUGAGGUAUCUUUACUUGGAUAGCGUUUCCCUUGAUUGGAAUAUGGCGUAUUUAUCGUGCCGGAACCUUGUAGAAUUGCAGUUGAUAGAGAUUCCCAUGAACGGCUACCCUACCUCUCUACGACUUGCUCAGCUAUUAGAAGGCAACAAGGGUCUACGAUCCAUUAAAUUCUCGCGAUUCGAGCUCCGCGAUUAUACUGUCUAUCCUGGCCAGCAACCAUAG